UGCUUUUCCCCAUCGUUUUACUCUUCUUCUUCCGCUCUCUCUCUCUCUCUCUCUCUCUCUCUCAUAGCGUCUAACAUAGGUCAUCUGUGUUAGAUACACAUAUACAUAUAUAUAACACAUAUUUGAUAGAUUUUAUACCCUCAAAGGAUCAAAAGUCUGUGCAUUUUCUUUUCCACAUCGGUUCUUGCACUUGUGAUCUUGCUCUCGAUCCCAAGAUCUCCAAAGGGUGCAACUUUUUCUCCCAACGUUCCGUCAUUCGCGGGCAUUCCAGCCGAUCGAUGGAUCCAUCGAAUCCUCGCAAUCCCUUCAUCAACCUGGCGUUUCCACCGCCGCCGGUCGCAGGCCCCAUCUUCCGCUCUUCCGGCACAAGCUUUCCGAUCCUCGCCGUCGCUAUCAUUGGAAUCCUGGCGACAGCGUUCUUGCUCGUAAGCUACUACGUCUUCGUGAUCAAAUGUUGUCUCAAUUGGGACCGAAUCGAUCUCCUUCGCCGGUUUUCGUUAUCCCGGCGACGAAACGGUCAAGACCCUUUAAUGGUUUACUAUCCGGCGAUCAGAAACUGCGGUUUGGAUGAAUCCGCGAUUCGAGCGAUUCCGAUUUUCAAGUUCAAGAAGAGGGACGGAGGUGGAGAAGCGGAAGAGAAGAGCUGCCAAGAAUGUUCCGUUUGUCUGAAUGAGUUUGAAGAAGAUGAGAAACUGAGGAUUAUUCCGAAUUGUUGCCACUUGUUUCAUAUAGAUUGCAUCGAUAUCUGGCUUCAGAACAACGCCAACUGCCCUCUCUGCAGGACAAGCGUUUCCUGCGACACAAGGUUCCCUCCCGACCAGAUACCGGGCCCGUUCCCCGGGGACCCAAACUCGAGCCUGAACCACGGAACCCUCGUCAGAGGUGACAGUGAAUUCGUGGUUAUCGAAUUAGGCACUAGGAACAACGGUUCUAGCGCUCGGAACCAGAGUUUACUUGCUGAACAAGAAAGGUCAAACCUCGGCCAAGUAACGACCGGAAACACUCCUUGUUCGGUCAGUCCUUCGCCAAUGAAGAUCGAUCAAGGGCCGUUGCGCAAAAAAGGGAGGAAAUUUCAUAAAGUGACGAGUAUGGGGGAUGAGUGUAUCGACAUAAGAGGCAAAGACAACGAUCAAUUCCGAGUUCAACCCAUCAGAAGAUCCAUCUCAAUGGAUUCGUCGGCGGAUCAGCAGCUGUACCUGGCGGUUCAAGAGGCGAUUAACCGGCAAAACCGGCAAGUUCCGGUGGUCGGAGACGGUGGUUGUAGUAGCAGCAGCGGCAAUGGCAAUGGCAAUGUCAGUAACAGAGUGAAGAGAUCUUUCUUCUCCUUCGGAAGCAGUAGAGGUUCUAGAAGUUCCAUAUUGCCUGUUUACUUGGAUCCCUAAGUCGCUCUUCUUUCUUUUUUGUUCCGUCCGUUUUUUUUUGUCAAGUUGGUCGUUCGUGUAGGCGUUAGAAAGUCAAAAGAGUUUGUUGACUUGUAUUGCAGGUUUGAAAAAAAUGAAUUGUUCCUUUUCUUUU